AUGGCUCAGUAUAGUCAAGUCCACCAAGGGGUCUACGAAAUGGGACCAGAUGGAUCGUCAACGUAUCAUUCAGCUUCAAACCCCAAUGAUCCGUCUAGCUACGGUUACUUCAACAACGGCAAACCCACGCUAACUCCGACAAAUAUCGAGUUCGAAGCCAGCCAGCACCUCAUGCAUCAAAAUGCCCCAGCAGGUUUCAUUGAACGAUCUGUCCAGCGUCAACCUCUACGAAGAAGACUUGGAAAAAUGGGAAUGACCAUAAUUCUUGUCGGCACAGUCGUUAUUCUCGCUUCAUGCGCUCUUCUAGCCUAUCUCUGGCAAGGCGCCGAAAAAGCUCGUAACAGACAACCUCGAGGCAAAGAAUGGGACAGAAUCGUCUUUGAUAACUAUGCAACUCAAGUUGUAACUCUCUGUUCCGCCGCAAUUCGAGUAUCGAUGGCUUUUCAGAUCGGUCUAGCUGCUGCUUCAAUGGCAGCUAUUGUUCUUGAAACGACCGGAAGUCGACUCUCCGAUCUAGCGAGAUUGUCUGUCUCUAGAGCGUUUGGCUCAGGUGCAAGCCCAUGGGAGAUUUUCCUCAUCACAAAAGGCAACAAGAAAACCUUCGCCCACUGUAUUAUCUUGCUCUUAAUUUUCAUCCUCAGUCUCGUCAUGACUUUCACUUCGACGAUCUUGCUUUUCGACUUCGAGACACUUCCAAUCGCUGCACCAAAGAUCUCAAAGUCGAUAUCUGUUGGGUUCGAUAUCAGCAAGGACACAGCCGUGUUCUCUGGUAUAUCUUACUGGCAGUCCAAACCACUGGCACACUGGAGAUUUGCAGAGACUCGUCCCUCGAGCCAAACACUUGUACCCAAGGAUGUUGCAGACACUGGAGAUGUUUAUCGAGCCAUGAUACCGAUGGAGAAGGUUGACGACAGAACUUCGCUUGAGUAUUACUCUGGACCUACUAUUGUAAGCAACACGAGAACAGCAUGUGUCGCACCAACUUUCAGCAAUGCGACAUUGCAGUAUGUAUACACUGGAAGUAACGCUACAGAAGGCCUGUAUCUCCAAGCGGAAUUCAACAGCUCGACUGGUUGGGAAUCAGGACCUAGCAUCAACGGUACUCACUCAGCGACACUAUCGUGCCGUAUCAACAACGAAUGGGACCAAGCGAAUUCAACAUCCUGGCCACUGUCAUUCUGCAGCUUCAACGCGAAAGAACUGGCACCUACUAACAAAAGUUUCAAGAACCCCCUUUCUCGCCAUCCUUACAGCUUUCAUCCCGUACUUCUUCUAAACGCCAGCGAUAUCCUGAACAAGCUUCACCCGAUGUAUGACGAGGAUACAAGAACAUGGCUCAACGUGACGGUUCCUGAGGACAUGCAAAUGACAAAGUCAAAGAGAGACGGUCCAUGGACGACUGCAACGAGCGAGAACGGCACUCAACUCUUUCAAGCGAGCGUCUGCUUCCUGACUCAGAACACACCACUUCUAUACAAUGUCACGAUGAGGGGAAGAGCAAUAUCAUCUGAGCCCACGUCUAUAGCAAAGUGGAGGACGCUACAGGGCAAGAACGGAACAGAAUUUCUCAAACAGCUUGGAGUAGGCGUAUCACCCUCUGAUCCUGAAGCACGAGGCAUUCUCGAUCUCAAGGUACUCUCAGGGCCAGCAUCUUUGGCGGAUACAGGUGUAGAUGAGUGGGAUGACUUUGUCUACAGUAUGGUUCAUUUCAGUCUCUUCGAUUACAGUAUAUCCGGCGGAUGGACCUUCAACAACGAUGCUCUGGGAGGAUGGUUUGAUACAGUAGCGAAUUGGCCUGCGCAUCCGGAACAUUCACAUCUUUUUCAGAGUGUUCUUCAAGAGACGGAUGAUCCAGCGCGAGCGGUCCAGGAGCUGUUCUUUCGUUUCUACCAGAUGAUCUUCCACGACAUUCUACCAUAUUUCACUCAACAGCAGUCUGUGGCUACAAUCAACGUUAAACAGGUUCUUAUUCCGAGUCAAUGGACGGGUUUGAUUGUUGUUUUAUCGGGCGUUAUCCUACACUUGGCUCUGACGUUAAUAACGGUCAUUAUGUUUAUGGCUUCGACGAAGAGUUCUAUGCUGGGAAAUGCGUGGCAUUCUGUGUCGCAGAUUAUUUCGCCGGAGACGAGUGUUGUGGUGGAGACCGUGUCGAGUAAUGGGAUGAGGGAUGUUGAUGUUGCGAAGUGGGCCAAGUCAACAGGUUCUGAUGGAUAUGUCUACGGGUUGUCGACAUGUGCGGAUAACAAAAUUCGCAGACGUUGA